AUGGCGGCUGCGGAUCCACACAAGAGCUCGUCAGGCCAGAUCAGCCAAGGCCGCGUCGAAAUCCCUCCGCACAUUGUCGCGGAAGCCAUGGCCGCGCUUCGCGGCAACAAGGGCGAGCCGGCGCUCGACGUGCGCUGGUCCGCACCGAUCUCCGAUAACGAAAUGCGCUACGUGGAAGAUUACGUCAAAGCGCGUUACCCGGCGAUUUUCACGGAGUGCAUCGUGGGGCUUGGCUUCCCCAUGCCGUGCGUGUUAGAGGAGCCGGACGGCGGCGGGUAUCGCGGCGGGAAUGGCGGCGGGUACGGCGGGGGAUUGUCCCCCAUGGCGGAGCUACUCGCGAUGGAUGACGAGGAGGGGGACGCGGAGGGGGAAGGGGGAUACGGCGGAAUGGGCGGACCGGGCGCCGUCUUCGGAAGGAGUAACAGCACCGUAAGCGCGGGGGGGAGCAGCAGCGGAACGGCCUCUCCGCAGUUCCGCGCACACAGCACCAGUCCCACAGCGGCGGGGGGAGGAAACGUGGUUCCGCUGAUGCGCGACUCGCUGCAGCAGCAAAAGCAGCAGAUGGAGCAGCAGAUGCAGCAGCAGAAACAGCAGAUGGAGCAGCAGCGCAAGAUGAUGCAGCGCAACGGUCCUCCUCCAUCGUUCUCCGCGUCGUCCCCGUCGGAAAACAAGUCGCGGCUCUUCUCGCGCUUCGUCCCGUCGGGAACGGUCACCGCGACUCAGCCGGGGCGCGCGCUGCUGAACCCGAGCAGACUGCGGGACAUCCUGGUGGAGAGUCGGGACGUGCUGGACCUCUCAAUGAGCGUCUCUGUCACGGAGCUACACGCAAGGAGGCGCAUUCUGCAGCAGUGUGGUGUGGAGAGUGAGGAGUACCACAUUGUCUUCACGCCCUCGGUGCAGGAAGCCAUGGUGCUGGUCGCUGAGGCGUACCCCUUCCACCGCCACAACGUGUUCCUGACAGCUCUGGAUCAGACCGAUGAUAGCAUCAGCAUGUUCGCCACGCACAAGGUGGGUUUCUCUGGCAGAUGCUUGCUUUCUUGCGUGCGUGCGGCGUGGAGAGGGAGGAUAGAGAGGAGAGGGGGGUUAGAGAGGAGAGGGCGGUGCAUGGAGAGUGAGGAGUACCACAUUGUCUUCACGCCCUCGGUGCAAGAGGCCAUGGUGCUCGUGGCUGAAGCAUACCCCUUCCACCGCCACAUCGUGUUCCUCACCGCUCUGGAUCAGACCGAUGACAGCAUCAGCAUCGAGGAGAGGGAGAGGAGGGAGGAGUGCAUGGAGAGCGAGGAGAGGGAGAGGUGGGAGGAGUGCAUGGAGAGCGAGGAGAGGGAGAGGAGGGAGGAGUGCAUGGAGAGCGAGGAGAGGGAGAGGAGGGAGGAGUGCAUGGAGAGCGAGGAGAGGGAGAGGAGGGAGGAGUGCAUGGAGAGAGAGGAGAGGGAGAGGAGGGAGUAG